AUAUAUAGGUGGUAGCUGCUGACUGCUGUCUCUACACUUAGAAAUGGCAUCAUUAAAGGUUUCUUCAGUAAAACUAGGAUCAUGUGGUGAUGAAAUUACUAUGCCAGUAAUAGGCAUGGGAACUUCAUCGCACCCUCCGGUGGACCGUCAAACGGCCAAGGCUGCCAUUCUUGAAGCAAUCAAAGUGGGUUACCGCCACUUUGACACAGCCUUUGCUUAUGGUAAUUCAGAGCAACAUUUGGGGGAAGCUAUUGCUGAUGCUCUACGUCUUGGACUCAUCGAGUCGAGGGAUGAGCUCUUCAUCACAACCAAGCUUUGGGCCAGCUUUGCUGAAAGAGAUCUUGUGCUGCCUGCAAUCAACACCAGUUUAAGGAAUCUUCAAAUGGAGUAUGUUGAUAUGUACAUAAUACAUUGGCCAUUCAAAUUGGGGCGAGAGAUGACGGGUAUGCCUCUCGACGAAGAUCAGGUACAACCCCUCGAUAUCAAAUCUGUUUGGGAGGGCAUGGAAGAAUGCAAGAAACUCGGCCUUGCGAGGGGCAUUGGCGUCAGUAAUUUCACCUCCAAGAUGCUCGAGGAGCUCCUCUCCAUCGCCAAAAUCCCUCCUGCCGUCAAUCAUGUGGAGAUGAGCCCAGCUUGGCAGGUGAAGAAACUGAGGGAGUUUUGCAAGGCAAAAGGGAUACAUGUCACAGCCUACUCUCCACUGGGUGCAUCUGGGACUUCAUGGGGAGACGACAGGGUUUUAGGCUCACAAGUCCUCCAACAGAUUGCCAAAGCAAAAGGGAAAACAACUGCUCAGAUAUCGUUGAGAUGGGUAUAUGAGCAAGGGGUGAGCAUGGUAGCGAAAAGCUACAACAAAGAAAGAAUGAGGCAGAACCUUGAUAUCUUCGACUGGUCCUUGACUGAGGAGGAGUUGCAGAAGAUGAGUCGUCUUCCACAGAUCAAAGGCUUCGUUUUUGCUUCACUUUUGGGACAGCAUGAUCUACUGCUUCAGAUUGACGCUGGAUUAUGAUCGAAUGAUCGAUCAUUCAUUCCAUCACGUCAAGAUAAGAUCCUAGUUAAUUGAUCGACACCCUCGAUCACAAUGUAUCAUAAUAACUGAAUGGUGUUGAAAUUCAGAUUGCAGGAUAGUGGUCUUUCUUAACUUCAUAUUGUAUCACGUUAUGAAUAAAAUCAAUCAAAGCUGAUCUUUUGGAUGCAAGACGCUAGCUAAA